UAGCCAGCCAUAAUCGUGUAAAGAUGAGAAGUAGUUUGAGAAACGAAACACUUGAAGCAGUCUGGAAUCAACGUAUCAGUUCCUCAUCAACAGUCUCGCGAAACCAAUAAACGCACUUUUCAGCGCUGCGGACCUCUGUGAGACCACCCGCCUCAUUCCGCCGGUGUUUCGUGACAGGGUCGGAAUGUUCUUGUGUGCACACUUUGCAGGCGGCGUCGAUUAACAGCAACGUGAAGAAUCAACAAUUGCGUUUCAUUUAAGAGAGAAUUAGAGCGAAAGAAAUUCACGGCAACAGGCAGUUUUUGUUUCACCCGUCAUUUUAACCGUUAUUAAAAGUAUAUCAAGGAUGUAUUUGGUAACUUAGGCAGCGAUUAUCUUACCUGGAAUACUUUCACAGUGCUAUAAACAAGCAAGAAGUUGAAAUCAUUGUGCAAGAUCUGUAGCCUGUAGGUAAAGAAAAUUGAUGCUUUGUCUGUAGUAAGAACAUGGAAACAACUGGGGCAGGUGAAAGAAAAUCCUGGAAAGAAAUUAGUGACUGUAAUUGUUGUUUUGUUGCCAAAAGACGAGACUAAUAUCAGCAGGGGAGUGCUGCAACAGUUUGUGGAAAUAACAGCCAUCGUCGUCGCUCAGGCUUCAAUACAAUGUGAGAUCGGUGGUGUCGUGAGGCUCAACAGAAUUCUGUACAGAGGCACAUCGCUCUAUCAUUGAACACUUGAAAAUUUUCAGUGGAUUCAAAGACCAACCCUGCAAAAAUAGUGAGGAAACAGCCAUGUCCACACUAUGGGACAUUAAACCAUUUCACCAAGGGGUGCAGCAAACUGUUUCAAAAAUCUCUCAGUCUCAAUGAAAACUGGGCUUAUCAGAACAACAAAUCUGCUGCGUGAACUGUAAGAAACUGGAAAGAGACUGGAGACUUUCUAUUGUGAAGACAAUCAGCCUUGCAAAACAUUUUACCAUCUUUUGUGCCAUUAUCAGGUUUUUUUUUUUUGUGUGUGUCUUUGUCAUCAGUUUAUUGAACAUUAUUACAUUCCAAUAGCCUGAAAUACACAUAGAUGGAUUAAAUACUUAUAAUAUGACCCAUUUAUAUUUAACCUGACAGAUUACUAAAUUUUUACCUGAUUUCUUUCAACCAUUUUAAUUUCUGACAGGCUAUUUUAAAUUUGCACACAAGAUUAUAGAUUUAGUAAUUCUUUACAUGCUGAAUGAAGAAAUGACCAUUCAUUUCAAUCCAGUAAUGUAGAAGUUUUCAGGCCAACACUUAGAGAAACCUCUGAGGAAACUCUAAAUAAUUCCUCACCUACUCAGAAGAGUUCACCAUUCUGAGUAACCCCAUUAAGAUGUAAACAAGUGCAGCAGAACAAAACAAAGUCAUUUUUGACUUAAGAGGUUAUUUUAUUUUAUUUUUUUUCCACAAAGUGUAUAGAAAUUGUUUAUACUAGUUGAUAAUAGAAAAUAUUCAGGGAGAAAUACAGGUCAGGGAAAUUUGCCUAAAGACUAAGUGCCAUUGUUGAAUGUAAGGAGUGCCCAAUUAAAAAAAUUAUAAUAAUAUUGUGAGGAGAAAAGAGACAAAAAAAAAAAAUCAUUAGUUUACAUUUUUAAGAUGUUUAUAGUUGUCCCUUUCUCUUAAAUACAUUUUUCAUAAGUGCCAAAGUAGGGGAUUAAACAUAAAUACUUAAAUUGCUUUCAAGUGUCAUCAAUACACUAAACUAUAUAGGUAAUAUAUAAAGUUGAUAAUGAGAGAAGCCAUUUCUUGUUUGUCUGCGGAUAUAAAAAAUAAAUAAAAUAAAUAAAUAUAUAUAUUUUAUUUAUUUAUUUAUUUUUUAAGGACAGUCACAAAAGGGAAGAUUUUUCUUUGCUUUUAUACACGGAAAUUUUAAAUAUUCUUUAAUUUCCUGUUUGUACAAGAACUGGCCAAUUUAUGUUGCCUGCUACGAAUAUUUUUGGCAUUUGGAUUGUUUUACAUACUGUUUUUGUGUUCAUCUAUAUGCUGGAAGGAGGCACUGCAUGAUGAGAAUGAGAGAAUAUGUGUUUUAUAACCCUUGUGGCUCACCUUGAAGCUGAAAGCACAUAUAAAUGUUUUUUUUUCUCUCUCUCUUGCACUGUCUCAGUGUGUGAGAGUUCACAGCACACACUUUUUCUUUUGAGACUAUUUUAAUAUAGACUCUGAUUUCAUAUAUUGGAGGGCUGCUACAAAAAUAUUUUACAUACAACGUUAAGCAGGCUGGGUUUUUUUUUUUUUUCAAUCUAUAUUGUGUGGUGGGUUGAGUCAGUGUGAGAAAAUAGCAGCGUUAGUCAUGUAAAAAUGAUGCCCACCUUGAAAGCUCGAGUGCGUAUCAUCAUUCUCUUCCUGCUGAUCGCUGUCCCAUUUAACGCUUCCUCAGCAAGCGUCCCAGGCCCCUCCAGAAACACACCGAAUGGGCCCAUUACCAUCACUAUCACCCCAACGCCAAGCCCCAGAUCUCGGGGUAGAGGGUUUCUGUUCCCCCUUUCUAAAAAUGGUGGGAAUAUGCGAGGGAAAUCUAUGAAUCGUUGGCCAAAGCAGCCAGCUGGAGCAGCAGAAUUGCCCCCUAGGCCGCUGCCUCAGAUAAUGCUGCCAAAGAACGUAACGGCCGAUGCACUGAAGCCCCCUCUUAGAGCAGCACAGGUAGUUCCGCCUCCUCGCAAACUGGUGGAAGUGGAUGUUUGUCGGGGUUAUUAUGAUGUCAUGGGGCAGUAUGACCUCACCUUUAAUUGUUCCAAGGAUGACUUCAUCUACUGCUGUGGGACCUGUCAUUACCGAUUUUGUUGUCCAGACCGCACUCGAAGGCUAGACCAGAACAUCUGCCAGAACUACCAUUCUCCUGUGUGGGCCAAUACUGCCCCACCAGCAACCAGGCCCCCAGCACCAGCCCAUCCUGACCUCAGCCGCAUUGAGCAAAGCAACAACACUGUCUAUGUCAUUGGUGGAGUCAUCUCGUUUACAGUUGCUGUGGCGGUGGCUAUUAAGGUGGCAUUCCACAAGGCAUCACGUCAACCUAGGAACAGAGAACUCAACAUGCCCAGGGCUCUUGUGGAAAUGUUGCGUCACCAGUCAAGUACAGUCCAAGAGGGGGAGAGAAACAACAGUGUUGCCCUGGGAACUGGAGGAGGAGAGGGGACACUUGGACGACCCCCCAAAAACCUCUAUCCCACACUACAGAGUAAAGAUAACCGAUUGGGGAAUCUACAGCAUAAUUUCAUCCAUACCAAAGGCUCCAGCCCCAAACAUACAGCUACCAUUGAGCGUGCACCACGUAUGAACAACAUGCAGCUGGCCACCGGUGGCACACUGAAGCCCAGUAAGCAUACUAACGCCAUGAAGCCCCAGCCUUCCUUCCAUCACUCCCUACACAACCUGGCUCAGCUGCCUCCCUCUUAUGAAGCUGCCACGAAGCCCGAGAUGAACAGAUACUCCUCUCUCAAGCGUCUGGAAAAAGGAGGAUUGGAGGAUUAUUCAGGUUACUGUACCACGAAAAGGAGGCCCAACAAUGCCCCUCCAUCCUUCCAUUCCUCCCAGCAUCAUCUUCCCUGGGGUGGCGAUUACACAAUGGGGGGACGAGGCACACUUCCCACCCAUGCCACUCGCCCUCGAAUACCUCAUCCACAGUCUGCCCCAAGCCACACCCCCAAUCCUUACCCUCUGGAUCCACCAGAGACAAAGCAAAACCAGAAUUAUGAUACACUUUCCAAACCACCGCGCCGUGUUAAGUCAACUGACCAGCUCCUUGCUCUCGGUGAUGGCAACACAUUAUCAAGGCUCUCCAAGAACCAGCAGCACCAAUACUACAAAGCCAUGGCCAGUGCAUCAAAGAACUCCAAUAACCAGAACACCCUGCAGAAGUCCAAGGACAGGCUGCUAAUGUCACCGGAUCAUCUAGAGGAGGUUGAAUAUGGUGAAGGUGGAAGUGGGAUGGGUAUGGGAAUGAGUGAAUACCCUGGAGGAGGGGGAGGUGGGAUGGUCCCCACCCUGCCCCGUGUGAGCCACCAGAAAGCUCAAUCACAGCAGAAUGUUUGUGCGACACCGUCACUUGACCGUCAUCACAUGAUCAAGAUGAACUCGCACCCAACAUCGGGGCGAGAGCAGGAGCGAAAUUCAGCAGCAAUGUCAGGUCACCUGGGAGGAGGUGGGGUUGGAGGAGUGGGAUGGGGCGAUAUGCCAGGAACAGGGGUUGUCAUGGGAACAGGAACUCUUGGUGGACACAGUGCCAGGAGGCUUGCAUUUGCAGCGAAAAGGCAAAAUACCAUUGAACAACUUCACUUCAUCCCGGGUGCAGGGGGGAGUGGAGGAGGAGUGGCGACAAACCAAGGGGUUAGAACAGGAAGCAAGACUGAGGUUACUGUGUGAGCAAGAGGCUGGAGAGAGAAUGAAGGAGGAACGGAGAAGAUGGGUGAGGGAUAGACUGUGUGAUGAGUUGGAGGAUGGUAAAAGGACUGUGGGAAAGAGAGAGUGGGCGUAAGAGGGAGAGAAAUAAUGAGAGAAGAGAGAAAAGGAGGAGGAGGAUGGUGAAGGAAUCAGAGAAACCGAAAAUGAAGGAAGGGGCCACAAGGUGGUUCAUAAAAAGCCAAGUGGCACCAUAUUUUUACAGAUAUAUAUGUAUAUAGUGGCAAAGACACAAGAUGAGAUUAGAUAACAACAGUUAUUAGUCAGGUUUGAUAGAGCUUGUUGUGCUUUUUAUGUUCAUGAAAUUGCCGCUAUUAUUAUGAUCAAAGUUGCCAUAUAUGACUAUUAAUUUGUUUCAAGUUUGCCUAUAACCUGCUGCAUAGAAUAUCAUUAGAGAGUAAUAUAAAUUUCACAUGAUUUGUCAGAUGAACUGCAACUGACAUUUUUCAUAUCUUUGUGUCAAAUGUUUUUAUUCUUGGAUAUUUUUUGCAUUAUUACACAGUUAUAGCUGCUAUGGAGCCAUAUAUUUCAAAGAACAGCUCUCAUCUUAUAAAUAUGAUGGAGACUAACAAUUACACAAGCUUAUGUAACAUCUGCAUAAGAGGAACCAGUUAAACAAGGAGCAACCAUUCCUACUGAUGAAUUGCAAAGCUUCUUACAGGUGGACAAACACAAUAAGAAUCAAAGGAUAGCAUAAAAAGGAGUCGAAUAACCAUAAUGCUGGAUCUUACCUCUUUUUGAACCCUAAUCUACAUAAUAAGGGAGGUUGGCAGGGUUGUUACAAUGUUUGUCGAAAUGAUUGAUGAUGGAACAAUUUGAGGAACAUAAAGAUUUGUUUGAAUAACAUAAACCGACAAGAAUUAAAAGAACUUGAAUGACUUUUGAAGCCUACUCAGUGAGACAGAGAAAGCAAGUAAUAGCUUACCAUAAAUUAUUUUCACCUGCAUCUUAGUAUGAAUUUAACAUGAAUGUACCAAGUGAGUUUCUGUUCAGUUUGUUUUGUUGGUAUCCUGAAAAUAGUACACGACAAGUUUUAAAUCCUCAAGUUUGCCCUUCAGUACAUAACUGGAAAUCGCUUUGAACAAUGAAUGAAAGCCAUUCUGGGACACGACUGGGCAGAACAGCCCAGAUGAAAACCAAGAGAAAUGUCUGACAAUCAUAUUUUUUCUCCAUUUUAAAAAGACUCAUUAUUGGUCAAUGGUACUUUGUUUGGAUUCUGAGCCACCACUUUCUACAAUGUCCAAGAGCUGGGAUUUGUAAAGGAGAUUCAUCAUAAGGUACUCCGGACUACUAAAAGCACAAGAAUAAUACAUUUGAUUCCUGUAAUGCUGGGUACGUGCCUGUUUAUGCUUCUCUUCGGUGUACUGUAGACAAAAGGUUCUUAAUUGUGAACACCUUAAGCUUUUAAAUGUGGAUCUGAGAAGGGGAAACAACACCAGAGUAAUCAUAAAUGAAUUUGUAUGUUAAUAUUCUGACAUAAAAUUUGUGCAUAACAUGGCAGUAUCAUUACAUUGCUCAGGUGUGGGUAGGCAUUUAAAAUGUGCAUCAAGACAAACCUCUUGGACUGCUUUUUGAAUGUCCAUGUUAAAGCCAUGCGCAUAUGCUGUUAAAACUAAGACUUUACAAACAGUCCGAGGAUACAGGCAUGCUAAAACAGCUAACCUGUAUUACAAAUCUGCUAAUACUGAGAUAUGGACACAGAACACACCAUGCCUGAUAUCUUCAUAUCCAAUAACGCUUGUCAAUAUUAAGGGCUAUACAACAUACAUGCGUUAGUGGUACAAAUGUUACCCACGGCUUAUUCAUUAAUACUUAACGGAUAAUAAUAUCAUAAUAUAUGGAAAGAUAUUAUUGUAGUUAGUGAAUAUUCAAAUAAAAUGUAAAUGUGAGAUUGGUUGCAAAAGAGCCAGCUAUCAUUUACUGUAUGGUUCUGACUUCUGAGAAAUAGUCUAGGUCUCAUGAACUCAUUUUACAAAUGAAAAAUAAUCAGUUUACAUCCUAAAAUCGCUAAUUGAUCAUCUUUUUGUCAUAGACUUUAUACCUCUUGGUUAAUGUUCAGUGUAAUACAACAGUUUAAGUUACAGACUAUUUUAAUAUUUAUUACUCCCAGUAAAAGUCUUAAGGAGUAGUUUAUAUUAUGUAUGUAUCAGAGGAUUGGUGGCAGCACAUUCAUUUAAUUUUUCACUGGAAUUAGUGUGUAUCUAAAUGGAAACUAAUGAAAACUUAAAGACAAUCUUCCUAACAGCUCUGUAAUACAUAGGUGUUUGUUAUUGUCAUUACUAUGACAGUUAAUAUUAUGGUUAUUGGUGAAAUUUAUUCUUGUUGUUAUGGUUAUCUUUUGAUUAUGAUGGUGAUUUUUUUUUUCUUCUGUGGUUUUAGUGUUUACUUGUUUUAGAUAUCUUUCUCAUAAUUUUUUUUUUUUAAUUAUGAUUAGAAAAUAGAAGCACAAACUUUUAAGCCACUCAUUGUUUGCCAAUUCUUCAUGCAUUCCUAAUGAUGAGGAGUGCCUUCAAAAUUUCUCAGUGUGAUGUCAUAUUGUAAUUGUUCUAAGCCUGCAAAUAUCAUUACUUGUUGCAGAGACAUCACAAUGGGUUUAUAAAUGAUGUCAUAGGAUGUAUGUUGUAUGUGUGUAAUUGAAUGUCUUAUUUUUCUUGAUUAAGUGAAAAUUCAACUUUUUAAUGUUUAUUUCAGGGACAAUUAGAACGGCUGAAUCAAUUUAGUAUUUUAGUCAUAAAAAUUCUGUAGCAAUGUCUGUUCAGUUUUGUAUUCACAAGCCAUAAUUCUGACAAUGUUUAUGAAAUUUCAUCACAAGGCAUUUCAAUGCUGAAAAUAACAAACACUGGAUGUGCAAAUAAAGUCUUGAAGCAUUUUAAAAGGUUGGCCUACAAUGGAAAGGGCAUUAAUCGCACAAGCAAGAAGGACGAUGAAGACACCGUUUUGAGAAAGCCGUACUAAGCUCAUGUUUUUUAAAAUGUUAAUGUACAGAAGCAGAAUGAAUGUUUGGGUAUAUCACUUAAAAUCAGCCAUUAACCCAAUGAUGUUUAUGUCAGUUUCCUACUAUAUCAAGUUGUAUCAAAUCACAAAUCUCUAUUAUAUACUGAAUCAUCCACCUGAUUUGCAUACAGGUUAAAUUUCAUCUUUGUAGAAUAAAAUCAG